CCUCGGGGCGACUGCUUACUGGACGAUACGUCAAAAGUAAGCUGAAGCAGCAGAGAGGACAGAUGAAGCCUUUCGUACCAUCAAGCAAGCCCAUCAGCUCGUAAUAAAUGCUCAUAGCUUUCCACGCUUGCGGGCACUAGUAUCGUCUGCGCUCUCAUUACCGCGCACAUGGGAAGGCCCAGCUCCAGAAGGCGUCGCAGAGGAACCUGCCAUCAGCAUUCUGCAGAAGAUCGCCAUGCGCGCGGCAACUGUGUGGACAUCGUCAACAGUCAUGUAUAUGAUGCGUACGGGCGUGGGGGAGGAUCUGCGUCAUCGGCAUGUUUCACAGCGCGAUAUCGAUUUAACGACCCUGUAUCUUGGAGGGGCAGAACGUACUGAGAAACACUUCCGCAUUUGGCAAAUCAACGGCGCUGCUUGGGCCGCAAGCUUUGUCUGGCUCCUAUUCAUAAAACGUCCGAGUCCACGGCUUCACAGGUUUGAGAUGGGGGCUUCUAUAACUUUUGUCACUCUCUCCACUCUCUUUGUGUUUCAGCAAUGCGGAAUCCUCUUGCAUAUUCGGGACAGACAUGUUGUCGCCGCGGUGCUGAGAGAGAGGCUUCCGGGGGUUCUGGAAGAUGAAGUUUGGAAGCCUGAGCCGAAUGAAGAAUAGGAUCGAAGAACGAGUCCCCGGGCAGGAUGCGGCCCAUACUAUGUCGUCGAUUUGUCUGUUCCGGUUACUGUCCGGAUUGUAUGAUCGCAUACCCCCACUUACCCACCAAUACUGUAGAGCCAUGACCGACAACGUAAUAUCGUACCACGCUGAUGGAUCACACGAC